AUGUGGAAUCCUCGUUCCAGCAGGGCGGAACCAGAAGAGUCAGGCAUCACAGAUGACACUGACAUGUUCAGAUUAUUUCAAGAGAUCGACAUCCCUCGCGAUAGUCCAGAGAAUAUUGCUCGUAUCUAUGAUCGCCGAGUGUGUGAAGUGCUUUGCAUGUAUGGCGGUGCAAACGGAAACCCAUGGCGUAAGAUUGUCUGGCCGCUUGCUCAAGAACAUCCUGCACUCUAUCAUGCAAUAGCAGCCAUGACAUAUUUUCAGAUGUCCAAAUUCAUUUCUGAAGGCGUCACUCAUUUCAAAAAUAGCAUCCAAGAGUUGGCUACUGGUAGCAACAGCAGUAGUAUGCGUCUUGAAGUGGCGUUGGUUAUCACCCUGGUUCUCGCCUUUGCCCAGACAUGGCAUUACCCGCGAUCAUCCAACGGCACUCGGUUCACCAGAAGGGCAAGACCGCUUGUUAAAAGGGCUCUUGCGGCAGUUCCAGGGUUACAAACAUCCGAGAGCAGUAUUUGCCUCAGCUUUCUGGCCAAUACCUGGAUGUACCAAGACACCAUCACACGGAUCACUUGCACCGACGCACAAGAGAUCGACCUCGAACUGAUGACCUCCUGCAGUCAAUUAAGCCUCCGAAAUAGCUCUGAGCUGCCUAUAGAUCCUCUGAUGGGAUGUGCAGGGACACUGUUUCCUUUGAUUGGCCGCGUGGGUGACCUAGUCAGACGUGUCAGAAGAGCACAGCAAGCCAUAAACUCCCCUGCAACGGUGUCCUAUGCCGCGGAGCUGAAGUGCUCUAUCGAAGCUUGGGUUCCUCCCAUCGACUUGGAGGUACCAUUCGGGUACCAGUCCCCUAAUUUAAGUACCUCAGAUCUGGUGCAGACGGCCAAUGUUUUCAAAUGGUCUACCAUUCUUCUCCUGUACCAGGCAGUUCCGGAACUUCCACGAAAGCUAUCCUUCUCUGAAAUGGCACAGAAAAUCCUUGUUCUUGUCGCUACGGUUUCUCUUAAAUCCCGUGCGCUUAUCUUCCAUGUGCUACCACUUAUGAUCGCGGGCUGUGAGGUUAUCGAUGCAGAAGACAAGGCCUGGGUUCGCAGCCGAUGGAAGUCAAUGUCCAGUGAGAUGACCUCUGGAAUCGUGGAACGAUGUCUAGAGCUUACAUUGGAACUCAACGAACGAAACACUUCCCACACUCGCCCCCGGAGUCACACACUCACAAACGGGGCCAGCAGCGCUACGAUCUGA